CUUAGCUUAGGAUGGGGUAGUUGUUGACACCAUUCACAAUAAUCUGCAUAGACUCAAAUGAUCAAGCUUUUUGGCGCUGUUGCCGGGGAACCUUGGUAACUAGUAGAAAACCAUUAAGUUUUUAGUUAGUCUUUACCUUGUUUUGUUUUCUGUUUUGUUGUUUUCGUGUUUGUUUUGUUUUGUGUGUCUUAUUUCAUGUUUUUGUUACUUUUGUGUUUUUUUUGCUGUUUGUUUUGUUUUCCAACAUCAUACAUCACGAGCUGUUGAGGUUGUGUUUUGUAGCACCUUUUUAUGCAAAGAAGGGAUUCUUUGGAGAUAUUACCUCUUGAUACAUAAAUCGAGAGAACCCUUCGGAAUCUUAGAAGAGUUGCAAGAUCUCAAUGUCCACACUCAAGUUCCGCCGAGGCCAAGAACAAUGGGUCUUACUCAAGGCCAAGCGUGGAUAACGUUCAAUCACAUAUUCUUCAUCCGACAUUGACCAACAAUGAUUAUGAGAUAAAUCUAGGUACCAUUUCAAUGCUUCAAAGUGAGAUCGAAUUUAAUGGGAUGAUGAGGGAAGAUGCACAUGCACAUGUCAAGUCAUUUUACGAAUUGACGGAUGGAAUCAAGGUGAAGGGGGUUCCUCAAAAGGCUAUCCGACUAAGAUUAUUUCCGUUUCCCUUGAAUGGACCCACAAAGAAAUGGUUGAAUAAUCAACCACAUCACUCCAUCGCCUCAUGGGAUGAUCUAUGCAAAAAGUUUUCUACAAGGUAUAUUCCACCUUCUAAGAUGGCUUUGAUGAGAAGUGAGAUUAUUAUGUUCUAUGAAGAAGAGGACGAACCAUUGUUUGAAGAAUGAGAAAGGUUUACAUCUCUCCUAUGGAAGAGUGAAAAUCUAUGAUUGAGGAUUCACUACAAUUUGAGCAAGCCAACUUUGUUGGAGGGUAAUCACGAGGGAACGACCCUUAUAGCUCAACAUAAAAUCCGGGUUGGAGGAACCAUCCUAAUUUUCUUUGGUCUUCUCCGACGAAUAGGAAACCUCAGGGAUUUCAAUCUCAAGCACCAACUCAAAAUACUUAUCAAACACCGAUUCAACCAUCAUACCAAGAAGCAUAUCAAGAACAAAGUCGACCCUCUGAUGGUUGAAUCACUAAACUUGAAGACUUGGUAGGACAAUUUGUUACACAAUCCAACAAGAAGUUGAAGCUAAUGACAAGUUCAUAGAGAAUACCUCAACCAAAUUCUCAAGCUUGGAAGCGAGUCAGAGGAAUCAACAACCUUCACUUCAAAAUCUUGAAGCUCAACUAACUUCGUUGGCUCAAAAUAUAUCGUUAAGACCUCAAGGAACUCGACCCGACAAUAUUGAACCUAAUCCAAAGGAAGGAUGUCAUGCGGUAACUCUAAGAAGUGGCCAACCCUUUAAGGAGAUUCCUAUCUCAACUCUGAGAAUUUUGGUAAAAGAAGUUCAACGUGAAUUCUCUAAAGAAGAAGAGCUAAUUCGGAAAGAGGAGCAACCCCCAUUGAAAUCACGAUUGAUGAUGAGGAGAAGUCAAAGAAGACUCAAGUAGCUGAUUCAACACCAAAAGUUCCUUAUCCUAGACAGUUAUCUGAUAAAAAUGUUGAGGGUUUACUACAGAUGCCUCUCAACAACAAGAGCAUGUAUUAAGUACUUAUACAUUUAGCAACAUUUUUCAACAUAGAUUGAGCUCCAUGUACAAGUACAAAAGUAGAAGGACUCAUGCACACAUGCAGACAACUCAUUUCAGCAAUAAAGAAUUCCUACAACUUACUGUUCAUUUCAUCUGAGGAUUUGAAAAUUGAAGGUUUUGGUAAAACUUAUAUUUUGAAAAAACCAUGGAUAUAUGAGGGUGGAUUCAUUAUGACUUGAAAACACCAUUAUUUGUUUCAUAGAUUUCAUGAUGGAUUUUGUUAAUUAUAUUUGUACAUGUGAAGUAAAUUUGGCCUUCAUUUUCCUUAUUGGUAUGAGAAGAGCAAGGAAAUAUGAAGGAUAGGUUAGUGCCAAAUGAUAGAUUUCAAAAGAUUUAUUUUUCAAAUUGGAGCACCUUUUGCAAAAUAUUUUAGAUUCCUAAAUUGGGGAGUCUCACACACAUGUCAUAACCUCCAUAACAAACACUUCCACACAACUGAGAGGAAAUCGAAUUAAAACCACUAGUUAUCAACAAUUCUCAUGACACCACUAUAUUCCCUAUAAUGCACACCAUCAUAAUCAUCAAACAAUUCAAAGCACGCGGAGCAAGAUCAUGCUAGUGACAAUUGUGAUUGGAACCACUAAAACUUUCAAUUCAUGCAAUAAUAUAGGUUCCAAAACACA